AUACAUUUAAGUCAACGAGUGUUAAUAUUUUGGUUAGUGGUAUUUGGAAAUGAUCGCAUGAUGAUAAUAUCUUGUUCUCACUGACUCAUACUUUAUAAUUUAUAAAAUGGCUAAGCCAAUUUAUUGCAGUUUACUUUUACUAGUUUUGUGCUUAACAUUUGAAGCAUAUGGAAAUCAUCAUCGUACAGUUAGGCAUAUAAGGCAUAUACCUUCAUAUAGGUUUUCUAAUAAUUUUGGUCCAUAUGAUUCAUCAUCAACAGCAGCAGCAGAAGGAAAAGGAGCGGAAGCAGAUGAUGCAGCAACAUCAUUAUCACCACCAUCGCCUUUGAGGAAAUCAUUAAGUUUCAACGAUUAUUUGGGGUAUGACAGUAGUCGUGUAUCAGGUCCAAAAAGCAAAUCUCUGCGUGGUACAAAUUCUGCUUCAACAGCAGCAACAGAAGCAAAUGGAGAGGAAGCAGAUGAAGCAGCAACGUCAUUAUCACCGUCAUCGCCUUUGAGGAAAUCAUUUAGUUUGAACAAUUCUUCAGGGUAUGAGAAAAAUCGUGGAUUAGAUCUAAAAAAUAAAUCUUCGCGUGGUGUAUAUUAUGGACGACAACCAAAUGAUAUGGAUUCAGGCGAUCUGAAUAAUGACAAAAUAUUAAAUAGUAUGAUGUCUCGUUUCCCAAAUAAUAAACCUUUAAGUGGUUUGUACAAUAAAAACAAUCCAAUGGAUUUGACUUCGCGAAAUCUAAAUAUUGGAAAAAGACAAAAUAGUUUAACUUCAAAUUUUCAAGACAUUCCAGACUUAACAAGAACAAAAAUUAACCCAUUAGCUAAGGGUAUAGCACGACAAAAUACUUUGCCUUCAUCAUCUAACGAAGAUGAUAGUCAACGAAUCAGUUUUGGUAAUGAUAACUCAAAUAUGAUGAGUAUGAUGAAUUCUAUACAAAAGCCAUUAAAUAACGGUGGAUUAAAUGGACAAAAUAUAAUAUUCAAAUCAUUUAGAAGGUGUUGUAUAAAUAAUGAAUGUCGUAUGCUAAAGGACGGGGAGGAAUGUAGUAUUGAAGACUAUUUAAAAAAUAAACAACAACCAAAUAAUCCAAUGCUCACAACUUCCAGUAAUGGAGACCAUGAUUUGAGUGAUAUAAUGUCAAAAUUCAAGUUAAUUGGUCAAAGCUCGUUCAAUGGCUUAGAGGGCAAUAAGAACAAUUUUCAAGAAACUAGAAAACCGACAAAUAUGCAAUUGGGUUCAAUGAGAUUUUCAACAAUUCCCUCCAUUGGUUCGAGUAAUGGUAUGGGUUCAUACGUUAGCAUGCCACAAAAAAGAAAAACAAUAAAUUACCCGCACUCAGAACCUUUUGAUAUGACCGAAGACGAAGCUAAUGAAAUCCGAGAGCAAGUCCUUCAAAAAUCUAAUUUGUAUAGAGAAAAAUAUAACCUCGAUCCAUUUGUUUUGGAUGAUCAGUUGACCAAUUGUGCCCAAGACUGGGCUAAUAAAAUGGCGAGAGAUAAUAAAUUUGAUCAUAGAGAAAAUAACGCAUACGGAGAAAAUCUGUACGGUAGUUCAGAAUUAAAUAAUUUAGGUGAAAAAGCGGUCGAGUCAUGGUACAAUGAAAUACUUCAGUUCAACAUCGAUGACGACGAAGAAGGAUUGAGCACAAAUACUCCAAUACAUCAUAUGACGCAAUUACUAUGGAAAUCAUCAACGAAAUUGGGUGUUGGUGUAUCAAAAAAUUCUGCAAAUGGUAUGUACAAUGUUGUGGCCAACUAUGAUCCCGCGGGAAACUUGGGGAGUUUUUACAAAGAAAAUGUACCUGAUAUAAAACAAGAAGACAUUGAAGAGGCGAAGGAAUCACAAGCAGAACAAGCAGAACAAGAAACAAGUUGGUCUUCAAGGUCAAAAUCUCCAUUACAAUCCCAAUGGAAUUACGGGCCAUAUUACAACUAGAAUUAUUAUGUAUAUCUGUCAGCAACUGAAACGUAAAAUAAUUAGAAAUAUAUUUAUACAAUAUAAUAUAAUAAUUUAUUAAAAUUAUUGAAAUAUAAAAUACCAAUUUAAAUGCAUUAAACUACAAUUAUAGAUUGUGAAUAUUCAUACUCUAAUUUAUUAUUAAACUAUGAAAAUUGUCUUGUUA